CACACUUGAAUCUACUCUAACACAAACUUAGCUGAUCAGUCGAUGGAGCGGCGAGCAGGAGGAGGAGCAGCGGCGGCGUCCCUGGACCUGCCGGGGUUCCGGUUCCACCCGACGGAGGAGGAGCUGCUGGAGUUCUACCUCAAGCAGCAGAUCAUGGCCGGCGGCCGUACCAACAACAACAGCAACAAGAAGCAGCAGCUCAGCUUCGACAUCAUCCCCACCGUGCACCUGUACCGGCACGACCCCUGGGACCUCCCCGCCCUGGCCUCCAUCGCCAGCGAGCGUGAGUGGUACUUCUUCGUGCCCCGCGACGGCGCCCGAGGGAAGGUCCAGGGCGGUGGGCGGCCCAGCCGGACCACGGAGCGCGGGUUCUGGAAGGCCACGGGGUCCGACCGCGCCGUGCGGUGCGCCGCCGACCCCAAGCGCCUCGUCGGGCUCAAGAAGACGCUGGUCUACUACCAGGGCCGCGCGCCCCGGGGCGCCAAGACCGACUGGGUCAUGAACGAGUACCGCCUACCCGAAGUGGUGGACGGCAAGGCCGAGCCGCAGCAGGAGGUGGUGCUAUGCAAGGUCUACCGCAAGGCCGUGUCGCUCAAGGAGCUCGAGCAGCGGGUCGCCAUGGAGGAGCUCGCACGCACCCGCCAUUCAGUCUCGCUGCCGUCCCAGUCCCAUUCGCACUGCAGCGCUGGAUCGCCGGACGACUCGUCGUCAUCGGCGUCGGAGGUUGUCCACGAGGCUGCCGCGGCCUCUGCAGGAGUGAAGAAAGAGGAGGUGUCAGUGGCAGCCGUGUCGAGGCCGGCGGCGAUGAGGCUGCCGCAGCUUGAGACGGCGCGGGGGCCCGGCGGUGGGCUGGAAUGGAUGCAGGACCCCUUCCUGACGCAGCUGAGGAGCCCCUGGAUGGAGAGCCUCUGCCUGUCUCCCUUCUACGCCAGCAGCGUCCUCAACUUCUAGAACCAGAACAAUAGUAAUUAACUAGUCGGUUAAUUCAUGGAGCCAUUUCAAAGUUCACAGGUCGUGAAUAUAUGAUGAUCGAAUACAAGGUAUAUACAGAUAUGUAAUCAGAUACUACAUAUUGUAAGAUAUAAAACAUGGGCACCGCUGCACGGCGUCAGACGCGGAUCU